AUGCCGCCAGAGACGAACACGGUUUUUUCUUCCCCCAGUUGCAUUGAUCCCUCCCUGGGUUGUCCGUUUUCUUUCUUUCUUCUUUCAGUUGCAUUGAACAACGCGGUCCUCGCUCUCUGCCCCGACCUGUACCGCUACUACAACACGCCUUCCGAGACGCUCACGGCACGCGACUACUUCCCCAACUAUGACGAGCUGGCUCGCAUCAAGAGCCGCUGGGACCCGGCGGAAGUGUUUCGCAUCUAUCAAGGCAUCCGCCCCGUCGGUUUCGCGCCCGACGCGUACGAGCUACGGCGGCCAUACGUCCGCGAGUCUAGCCUCUUGGACCGGAUGUGGAAGAUCGGCUUCGACACAGUAAAGGACCUCUUCUUCAAGUGA